GGGAAUUAUGUGGAAAUUUUCAGAGCGACGAUGAAGUCAUCUUGACCCUCGCAGCGGCUUUAAACCUUAAAAACUCCCAAAGGAAAAAAAAUUACAAACGAGGGAAAUUCAUCAUAACCACUGCUUUUCUGCUACACACCAGUAUUCCCACACUAAACUACUCAAAAAGCAAUGGUGAAGCGGAAAUCAACAGCGAAAGACGGAGGCGGCGACCGUCCCAAGAAACCAAUCACGACGGACCCGCGUUUCUCGGUGGUGCACUCGGACCCGCGAUUUGCGCAGCCGAAGCGGAAGGACAAGAAGAUCGAGCUCGACAGCCGGUUCAAGGACCGGUUGAAGACCGACAAGGAGUUUACGCAGAAACGGGUUGUGGAUCGGUAUGGACGGAAGGUGGAUAAGGAUGUGGCGAAGACGGAGUUGAAGAAGUAUUACCGGAUGGAGGAUAGUGAUGAGGAGGAGGAGGAGGUGGUGGUGGAGGAUGAGGAUGAGGAGGAGGAGGAGGAUGCGAGCGGGAUUGGAGCAGUGCUUGAGAAGGGAUUUGAUCCAGCUCGUGGCGAAGGCCUCGAGUCCUCAUCCGACGAAGAAGAGACGGACGAAGAAGUCGAUGAGGAAGAAGACGUGUUUGAAAGCACGACGCAGGAAGAGUCGAUUCCGCGCGGCGACGAGUCCUCGCGCAUCGCGGCCGUGAACAUGGACUGGGACAACAUCCGCGCCGAGGACUUGAUGGUUGCGUUUGCGAGCUUUGCGCACCCGGGUAAGGUUCUUUCGGUGACUAUUUAUCCGAGUGAGUUUGGCAAAGAGCGGAUGGCGCGCGAGGAGAUCGAAGGACCGCCUACGGAGAUUUUCAAGAAGGGAUCAAAGGUCGUGGCUGGGGAUGACGAGGACGAGAUCGAGGAUGAGGAAAUCACAGAGAAGAAUAUCGUCAAGGAAGAUACGGGCGAGGACUUUGACGGAUCCAAGCUGCGCAAGUAUCAGCUCCAGCGACUUCGAUACUACUAUGCAGUGAUUGUCUGCGACUCUGUCUCGGCGGCGCGCAGGAUCUACGACGGCUGCGACGGAACGGAAUACGAAAGCACGGCGAAUUUCUUUGACCUGCGCUACAUCCCCGACGGCGUCGAGUUCGACGACAAGCCGAAGGAAGUGUGCACAAAACUCCCCUCGGUCUACCGACCAAAUGACUUCGUCACGGACGCGCUGCAGCACUCGAAAGUCAAGCUGACGUGGGACGAGACGCCGAACGAGCGGCUGCAGUUUGCGCGGCGGGCGUUUAGUCGUCGCGAGAUUGAGGAGAUGGAUUUUAAGGCAUAUGUGGCCAGCGAUAGCGAGGACGGGGAAGACGAGUUUGGCGAGGGAGAGGAUAAGGAUAAGUUGAGGGAGAAGUACCGUGCGCUGCUGCUGGAGAGUAAGGACAAUUCCGGGUUUGACUCGAAGGACGAGGUCGAUAUGGAGGUUACGUUCACGCCAGGUCUGACGACGGAGGCGGAGGCCGAGCCGGCGCAGGUUGAGGAGUCUACGAUUGAGAAGUACAAGCGCAAGGAGCGCGAGCGACGGCAGAAGCGCAUGGAGCGCAACAAGGAUAGCGCGGGUGUUGCAGAGGAAUCAGCAGAUGAUGAUUCAGAGAUUGAGGCGGCGAAGGGCAAGAAGGAUAAGAAGGGUAAGAAGAAGGCGGUGAAGAAGACGAAGGAAGAGCAGGCGGAGGAGGAGCGGCGGAAGGCGGAGCUCGAGCUGCUGAUGAUGGGCGAGGACGAGGAGAGCAAUUUGAAGCACUUUGACAUGCGGGAGAUCAUCAAGGCCGAGAAGCAGAAGAAGAACAAGAAGGUGCGGCGGAGGGAGAAGGAGGGUUCGGGAGGAGCGGCGGCGGCGGAUGAGUUUAAGAUCAAUGUCGAGGAUCCGCGGUUCAGCGCAGUGUUUGAGCACCACGAGUUUGCGAUUGACCCGUCGAAGCCGCAGUUUAAGGAGACGACGGCGAUGAAGAGUCUGUUGGACGAGAGGAGACGGCGAACGAAGAAGCAGGACAGCGGACGAGGAGCGCCGGAGGAGUGAGAGGGAGAAGAGAAGGUUUAGAGCUACGCAAUGGUGCAUAUAAUGGAGCUGACCCGGGCUGUUGACUACGUGAAGUGCUAAAGAUAGGCGGCGUAGGUGGGCUGGUGGUUGAGCAGGAGGAGUUGUCUGGAGAGACAACAGGGAUGCAAUGAGGAUGGCUAUUAGUUAUAAGCAUUUAAUAGAUUGUCAGAUAGCAGUAC